AGAAUCACGUUCCCUUUUGAUGUAAACGUGGGAGAUAACCAAAAUCAAAUUUCUUGUGCUGAAAGAAUGGCUAAGAACUUGCAGGUCCUAAUCUUAGAGCCUGACAACGAACUCAGAUUUCGAGAUGUUUAAAUAAUGAAAAGGAAAAGAAGUAUUAACCUCUUCUGAGGCUAAUGAAUAAAGAAAAAGGUCCCUUUACAGACGUUGUGACAGCAAAUUUAAAAUUAAUCAAUCCCACAUGCCGUGCAGUAUGCUUCAAAGUGAAAACCACUGCACCAAAACGUUACUGUGUACGGCCCAACAGUGGCCUUAUCAAACCUAAAGAACAAAUGACUGUUGCAGUUAUGCUGCAGCCAUUUGAUUAUGAUCCUUCAGAGAAAAAUAAACACAAAUUUAUGGUACAGACAAUGUUCGCUCCUGAUGGUGAAAUAGAAAGCCAAGAAGCAUUGUGGAAAGAUGUUUCCCCUGAGAACUUGAUGGAUUCUAAACUUAAGUGUGUGUUUGAAAUGCCUCCUGUAGAAAACAAUGUGGAGGUGCUGGAAGAGGCAGUUAACCAAACUAAUGCGAAACAUGCACAGCAAGAGCGACAGGCAUCUCCUAAAGUAAGUUUUAAAACUAUCAAUAAUGUAGAAGCUGAAUUGCAGAAAGCAUCAGAAAGCAAUAAAAGGUUGAUAAUGGAAAUGAAUCAGCUUAAAGAUGAAAAUAAUCAGCUGAGAGAUGAAAGCGUACGUCUGCGUAAGGUUGCCAUGACAGAAACUUUAAGUUCCACACCAAGCUAUAACUCUAGCCAGCCAUCAUCUUCAUCAGUACAAGCCAGCUUUCAAGGAGGCCCACUUCAUCCCGCUGUUUAUCUCCUCGCAGCUCUUCUACUUGGGCUUUUUCUGGGCAAGUUGCUGCUGUAACCACAGCUGUGACUGAUCUCAACUUAUAUCCAGUGGCUCCUCAACAUGGUGGUGCUGACAAAUACUAUUACAAUGAUACCAUUGCUAUUCAUGCCCACUGAAAGAGAAAAAGCAACCUUAUGUGCAAAUUUUACCAGCUUAGGCAACAGGAACCCUCAAUCGUGUGGAUAAACUGAUAUGAAGAGAUAUUAAUAUUGUUUGUUAGGAUGGGCGGGGGUGGUGUUCUUUAAAAAAAAUGUAACAAAAAUAUGUAAAAAACAAAAACAACAAAAAUUUCAAAAAAAAUCCCCUUUGUUCGAAUUCAAAGACAUUAACGAAGUUAUAUUUCCCAAUAUUAUCAGCCUUCCUCCUAUUGGCUUUUUACUUAUUCAGAGCAUGUUCUUGUGUUCUGUCUCCUGUCCCUCUUAUCAUUUGAGUAAUUUUAAAGAUAAGAUUACAAUUACUUUUAUUAUUCAUUACAAUGACAAAUUUAAGCAAUUGCUGUGAACAUGGGGAAAUAAUUCUAAUUUUACCUAACCAGUUCGAUUUCUUUCUUUUUCCCAUCCUUCCUUCAGAGAUAAAUAGUAAAUGCCAAGAUAAUUUUCCUUUCUCCCCACCCUCUUUUGAAAAAAAAAAAUACAAAAUUAUAAAUAUUAAUUUAACUCUAUUCAUCUAACUUGCCCAUAUUAAAACCAGUUCAGUAGUCUGAUCAAAUAUUAUUUUAAAUUAAAAUUACCAUAUCCAUUUGACAGCUGCUGUUAAAAAUCUUGUUUGUUGUGGGUUCUAGAAUCUAAUAUAAACUCUUGUGGUGAAUUUAAUAUUAUUGCUCUUUAUUAUAUUCCAUCAAAAAUUCUUGUCUUUAUUCAAAGAAAAAAAAAAAAAAAACAACAACCCAAAAACUAUUAGAUGUUGCUUUAAUUACUUCAGUUGACUCUACAUUCUUCUUUCAAAUAAUAAGAUUUAUAUUUUUUGAUUUAGUUAUAUUAAAAAUGAUAUUACUCCUAUCAAGGUUUGAAUUUUGUAUCCUGAGUGCAACGUUAUUUCAGCUUUCAAAUCAAUUACAUAAGUAUUAAUUAGCAAGUAACAACUAAUUCUCCCUUAAUAUGUAUAGCUGAACAAUUUCAAUUAGAUGGGUUUAAAACCUGAAUAGUAGUUUUAAUGUAUUAAAAUAAAGACAUUUCUCUACUGCAUAGUUCUUUCAUUUCUUCAUUCUCUCUCUCUCUCCCUCUCUUUUUUUUAAUGAUUGAAUAAAGUCCCUUUAAAAUAUCAGUUUUCAUGUUUUUUUUUUAUACUUUCAAUCUGUAAUCUUAUUUAUCAUUUAAAUUAAAAUCUUCAAUCUGUUUUACAUUGAGUUAGACACAAAAACUUAUGUAAUUUCUGUGAAGAAACUAACUUGUGGCAGCUUCAUUAUUGAUCACAUAGAUUAAUUUCAAAUGAUGAUUACAUCAAUAUUUUCUCUAAUUAAAGGUUCAGGUAAGGAAUUUUCAGUUUCCUUAGCAACUAGUUUUCAGGAUAUUUCUUUUUUAUUUCUUUGUAUUUUAUUUUCAAUAUAUCCUGUGCCUAAAUGAAAACAAACAAAACAGUGAAAAUAUUUCAGGAAAAAAAAAAUAGGGAAGUAUAACAGACAAAUUAAGAAAUUACUUGGCAAUAUGGUAAAUUUUCCCCUUUUAAUUUUUUUUUCUUUUUUUUUUUUUUGGUUUAUCAAGCUAAGUAUUAGAUUGUUAAUGAUACUUUAUCUCAAGUUCUAACGUUGUGGAAAACUGGUUUCCUUUUUUUGGAGUGCCAAAUUUUUCUGCUAUGUACACCUGAGCUGGAUGAUCUUUUUAUAUUUCCACAUGUUAUAUUAUCCGUAUAAUCUAUUAGUUAUCUUGCUAAAAACCACAUUUAAGCAGCUUUAAUGUUUUCCAAUAACUUGUAACAUUUCCAUUAGCUUGGCCAGUUUUUCUGUUAACUGUUGGGGCCAGCUUCCCUAUCCAGUUAAUGUUGUAGUUCUGUCGAUAAUUAACUUGCUAUCAGUCUCUAACCUAUUUUGUAAAAAGGAAAAAAAAAACUUUUUCCAGAAUUGUGCUUAGUAACCCACUAAUUAAUUAUUGCACAUUUUAUGUAUUUAAUUUUGUGCUCAGGUCUUCUGCUAUAUUAAACCACUUCAGUUUGUAUAAUCACUUAUGGAUAACAAUAAAAUUACAGAAAAAAUUUCCAUCCAGAGAUAAAGUAUAAUUAAAAGCCUUUUGUUGUCCAUUUGUUUUUCUUUCUUUUCACUGUCUAAAGAUUAUAAAUGAUAUAUUAUAUAUAUAUAUAUAUAUAUAUAUAUAUAUAUAUAUAUAUACACACACAUACAUAUGUACUCUACACACAAAACAAGCACCAUCCUAUAAAUUAAAUACCAGUCACCAAAUGAAUUAUUUUGUUUGUUGAUUCAAUUUUUAACAAUUAAUAUGCCAGCUAAUUAUUAUUUUUUUGUAUUUCUAAUUUUGUAAAUGUUAACAACUUAAUUAAUGUAACUUACACAUUAUUUAGGCAAUUAUUUUUCUAUUAUUAACGUUUGUACAUUUUGAUUCUAAACUGAAACCAUACAUAACUCAUAUAUGACAAUCUAUUAUAUCUUAUAUUAUAAUACUGAUUUGGAUUUACUGACAGUUCAUAAAGCAGAGAGGAUGGGGCUCAUUUUUAAUAGCUGAAUUUAGGGUUUCUUGAAUGGUGUUUGGCUGUUUUGUAGGUGUGUUUGGUCAUCACAUGUAGAUGUCUGUUGGUUUAGGUAUGGGUUUGUUCCUAAAUAGACAUAAAAACUCUCAUAUCAAACAGCAUGACCAUGUUUCUUUUGAAGCUUUUGCAUUAUAGCUGUACCAUUGACCUGAAAUAAAUGCUAUUACAAUUAA